UACACAGACACAGUGUUUAAAGAGAAACCAUGCGAAUCUCAAAAGCUUCCCUCUACGCUCUCCUUCUCCACAAACCUUACAGCCACCAAAACCUCGUCGUUUUAUCGCGGCGUCGUGUCAUCUCGUGCGCGCUGAGUAUGGCGCUGCUGGUGAGCACGCUCUACGUUCUGUGGCCGUCGGAUCCAGAUCUGAAGAUCGUGGGGCUAAAGCUGCGGCGGAUAAAGGUGCACCCUGUGCCGCCGGUCACCGUGGACAUCUCCAUGCUGCUGACGCUGCAGGUGCGCAACGCUGACGUGUACUUCAUGGACUUGGGUGCGGUGAACGUGGCAGUGGCGUACAGAGGGAAGAUGCUGGGUCACGUGAGGUCGAAGGAGGUGCACGUGAGGGCGAGAGGGUCUUCCCACGUGGAUGCUGACGUGGAAUUCGCCGGCAUAAGUGUUCUGCCGGAGCUGGUGCUGCUUCUGGAGGACGUGGCCAAAGGUAUCGUACCCUUUGACACAGUUAGCCACACCAGUGGCCAAUUGGGCGUUUUCUUCUUUCACUUCCCCAUGAAGGCAAAAGUAUCAUGUGAGGUUCUGGUCAGUAUAGUAAACCAGACUAUUAUUCGACAACAUUGUCUCCACGAGUGACCACACAGGGUCCCCAGAAGAGUCCAAAGAUGUUAGCCCCCACUUUGUGGAAGGACUUAGGGUAGUGGGGUAGUGACAGUACAACUCUGUGGCGACGUAAGAAAAUAAAUGAAGGUGGCGAAGGAAUCGAUGGGACCAAGAUGUUAGGUUACAUGCAGAACAGUAAAAUGCUAUCAACUUCUGGUUCGUUAUUUAAUAUAGUUUUAGUUUAUCUUAAAUAAAGUUUUCUCCAAGAAAAAUAUAUAGUUGUAAUUUUUUGCUGGUUAGAGAA